AGACUUACAGGAGCUGAACUACAUCUCAUCAUUAUGAUCACUGGCAAACACUUACUGUGCUUCUUCCUGCUCGUCUUCCCGCUGUCCUGGGCAGAGGACACAAAGAAAGAUGUGAGGAGGACUGACAAUGAUACAGUUUGGAGCCAAGCAAAGACCAGACCGCUAUUUGCACGGCGAAAGAUUUCUCCAUCACAGGAAAGUCACAUUCCUAAACACAAGACAGAUCUUAUGAGUCCUGCGCGUCGCUGCGGCCGCCUGAUGGAGAACUGCUCCUCUCGCGUGCCGUGCUGCGACCCCUGCGCCUCCUGCCGCUGUCGGCUCUUCAACACCAUUUGUCAUUGCUGGAGGAUGAACCACCUGUGCUUAAAGAAGACAUAAAUGGAGCACACACACUCACACACACACACACACACACACACACACACAAGCACGCACGCACACACACAAACACACCCCGGCACCUGGAUAAAUACAGUGAUAAGCAUAUACACACAGCAGCAUUCACACAUGCUGAUCUCUGGCCUUUUACAGCGUAGGUGUAGUUGAGAGAACAUUGUCUCAGUUCAGUGUGAAAUAGAAGUAUUUGGAAAACCAUGAACCAGUCUGGGGUGAAAAGUGAAAUUUCUUUCCAUUGUCAAUGGUUUCCACACUUCUGUGAAGGAAGGACAGAUGUGAAUGAGAGAAUGAAGCCAUGUGAUGACAGACAGUGCUUUUUUGUCCUCAGUCAUCCGAUACAUGAAUGUGAAAAAGAAAGUACCCACAGAAGUGUUUCCAGAAUAUCCAAAUACACAACAUAAAGUAUGUCAGUAUAACAAAAGGAUGAGUGACAUCUGCUUUUCAUGUAUGUAUACAAUGACAUGUUAACUGUGUGUUGUUCCUCCGGUAUUUUCCGCACUAUUGCUGCUUUUGAAUAUCUUUCAUUUCUGCUUCUCCUGUCAUGUUAAACGUGUUUGGACGCUAAUAAAUGGAUUUACAUUGGAACAUUAACGGUUAAAAAAAAACCCCAAAACAAACAGAUUUCUGUUCCUUUGUAAACCAUUCCUUGGAGAAGAGAUGAUCUGGGAUUCCAAAUGAGGAAUUACCAAUUAUUAAUGUGUGGAUUUAUGAGUAAAGUUAGUUUAUAUUUUUGCUAUAGAAUAAAUACACUGUAAGCCUA